AGGUAGCUUACAGUUGUUACUGCUACAGUUUGAAGGCAGUCUGUUUGCAAUUAAUGGAAAUGCCAGCCCUUUAUAUAGUUGCAAAUGUAGUGCACCAAUACUUCCAGCCCCUCUCUUCAGCUCAUCCUCCCUGUUCCAUCGCAUUCCUCUCCUGUGGACUCCUCACAGUGACAGUGUAAAAGCUGGCUUUGUUACUCUGAGUACAGCCACGUUAUUGUUGUCAGAUUGCUUUUACAUCUAAGGGAAGGUGGCCAUUAGGUCCCUGUCUCUCUCCCUGUGUGUGUGUGUGUCAUUACAGCUGUGGAACAUUCAGAGGGCCUCAUUGUAUGUAUCCCAUUUUUUAGCUGGAGAGCCAUCAUUAUCCCCUCUGUGAACAGUUUGGCAUUUUCCACACUACAGCUAAGUGGCAUGUGUGUAGUGCCAUGUGCAGUCAGUGGGACUGUGAUUCAUGUCCUCACACGGUACACUGAACCUGAUGCAUGACUUACAUUAUACUGUGUUAAAGAAGAGAAAGGGAAUAGAAUAGCACAGCUUUAUUUCCUUUUAAUUUCUAGUUCUACUCAAGCUUGAAUUCCUUUUCCAUUAUGCCUAACCACUUCUUGUGUAGUCUACGGGAGGAGAGAGAGGAACACACAUACACACACACACAAACACACAGUGAGCUGGAAGCAGCUGUCUGACAACCAUUAGCAUAAUGUUUUUGUGUUUUUGGAGGGGCUGUGAGAAGGCUCAGGGAGCGUACAAAACAAAUGCUGCAACCACAAUUGCCUGGAAGAACGUUAGAACUCAAAAACAAACAAGCAGCAGAGCACCUGUGUCUCUUUGAGUUGUUGCUUAGAGGGGGGUACCUCCAGCACCAGAAACAGGAACUAAAGCUCCAUUCCUAACAGCUGAAUAGGUGAGCUGUACCAAGGGGUUGCCAGUGUACCAGGCCGGCCAGUUUUGGGUGGCAGGAUGCCUGGGGUGGAGAGUGGCUCAGGUGGUCUGGCUGAUGAUGAGGUGGUCCUGGAGACCCUGAAGUGUUUCUGCAGCUCAUCAGAACAGACCUACGACCAGUUCCUGUCCUCCUUCACACACCUGACUCCAGGGAGUGCUGGGAGUGGACACACGACUCGGCCCUCCAGACCCAGUCAUCUCUCUAGGGAGAUGGAGAGAUCAGGGGAGUUGAGGAGGAAUGGAGAAGAGGAUGCAGCAGAAGAGAGGAGAGGACAGCAGAGUGUCUGUGUCCCGCCUGCUGAUCAGGAGGAGCUGGAUAACUACCUGGAUGUUGGGGACUUCAGUGAGGAGGAAGGAGAUGUAACUGCUGACCCAGAUGGUGGGGUUCGGGUUCUACCAGGGGAGGUGGAGGAGGAACUCUCUGCCUACCUGCCCUCCUUCUGUCACCUGACCCAGCUGGACCUGACCUCCACAGGCAGGAGGACGGGGACACGAGGACAGCAGCAGGACACGCCACCACAGGGACAGAGUGACAGUGAAGAGGUUUUGCCUUUCAACCUGGAUGAGAACUUUGACUACGACAAUGUUGUGCUGUCUAGCAAACAUCUCCUACCACAGUCCAACACUGGUGUAUGACCUCUGCAGGGACCACUGUCUGGGAGAGCCUUGUGUCAUACCACAUCAAAUUACCCAACUUACCAUUUAACUGGAAUAAUAAACCACUCCUGAAAACAG